AUAACAGAGCGUGGGGCACCAUGAGGCUGAGAUAGCGAGGGUCAUUGCAGUGAGUAACGUGGGCCAACAUCCGCGAGAACGCAUUAAUACUCUGUCGGUGACAUUUAUCGUCUCUUUUGCGGUCAACGUUAACAAUCAUGAACGGCCAAAUGAACGGUUUUCACAACUCCCUCAUUGACGAGGACUGCUUCUUGUUCACGUCGGAGUCUGUCGGAGAAGGGCAUCCCGACAAAAUCUGCGAUCAGAUCAGUGACGCUGUCCUUGACGCCCACCUUAAGCAAGAUCCCGACGCCAAGGUCGCAUGUGAGACUGUUGCUAAGACUGGCAUGAUCCUUUUGGCGGGUGAAGUGACGUCACGCGCUACAGUGGACUACCAAAAAAUUGUGCGGGACACAAUUCGCCUGAUAGGCUACGAUGACUCCGCUAAAGGCUUUGACUACAAGACCUGCAAUGUCCUUGUGGCCUUGGAGCAGCAGUCUCCUGACAUUGCUCAGGGUGUCCAUGUGGACCGCAAUGAAGAGGACAUCGGCGCAGGGGACCAGGGCUUGAUGUUUGGGUAUGCCACCGAUGAGACGGAGGAAUGCAUGCCCCUCACAAUUGUGCUUGCCCACAAUCUAAAUGCCAAGAUUGCUGAGUUACGGCGCAAUGGCACUCUUCCAUGGCUGCGGCCUGACACAAAGACACAGGUUACUGUCCAAUAUCGCCAGGACCGUGGCGCCAUGCUUCCGGUGCGCGUGCACACAAUUGUCAUCUCUGUUCAACACGAUGAGGAUGUGUGCCUGGAGGAGAUGAGAGAUGCCCUGAAGGAAAAAGUCAUCAAAGCUGUUGUUCCCUGUAUUUAUUUGGAUGAUGACACAAUCUAUCACCUGCAGCCCAGUGGGAGAUUUGUUAUUGGCGGUCCUCAGGGUGAUGCUGGGCUGACGGGUCGCAAAAUAAUAGUCGACACUUACGGUGGCUGGGGAGCCCAUGGAGGCGGAGCUUUCUCUGGGAAGGACUACACAAAGGUGGACCGCUCUGCUGCCUAUGCUGCACGCUGGGUUGCGAAGUCUCUGGUGAAAGCGGAACUCUGCAGGAGAGUGUUGGUCCAGGUUUCCUAUGCCAUUGGUGUUGCCCACCCCCUCUCCAUUUCCAUCUUCCACUAUGGGACCUCCAACAAGAGUGAACGGGAGCUGCUGGAUAUUGUGAAGAAGAACUUUGACCUCCGCCCUGGGGUCAUUGUUAGGGAGCUGGAUCUGAAGAAGCCCUUGUAUCAGAAGACCGCAGCCUAUGGCCACUUUGGCCGUGACUCCUUCCCAUGGGAGGUUCCCAAAAAGCUCAAAUACUAAACUUGUUAAGCUUUUUCCUCCCAGGCUUGUUGGUGUAUACUACAGAGAAGCCACCAAGAUUUUGGGGGAGAAAUGCCAUUAUUUCUCAUCACUGCAUCAUUUACCACUUGACUCCCUCUCUUCCUCCCCUUUCCUCUGGUUACUGUUUCUUUUGCUAAUUGCUUUAUCAUGCUGGGUCCUUGAAUGCAUUUUUAUUUUUUUAACUAAUAGAUUCCAAGAAAUUAUUUUCCCCGGCUCCGCACUCUGUUAGAGUCUGAUUAGCUGCGGCCCUCUUGUCAUUCCAUGCGCAUCUAGUUGAUAGUCAGUGGCACAUCAGUGGUGUGUUAGACUGUACUUGGCCUUCUUUAUUUUCUGGUGCUACUGUUAAGGAGUGUGUGCAACCUCUGAAGUAGAUCUUGAAGGAUGUAGCCUGUCGUUUAGGCCCUGUCCACAUGGAAAUUCUAAGAUCUGAACGGUAAAAAAUUGUAUAGAAUUAAGUUAUGAGCGCUCUCCAUAAUGUAUUUUUGUGAACAAGCAGGUCACCGACAAGAACAGCAGACUGGCAUGACAAUUCUACUUUGUGCUUAGUCCAGACAUGAGACAUGGGUUUCUCGUGUGUUUGCCGUCAUUGUUUGUUGUGCAGUGGAAAACACGCUACAUUGUGUAUACACUCUCAUAGUUUUGGUGGCUGUUUACAGCGCUAAUGGCUUAUGUACUACAUCUUUUUUAUCCAGUGAUCUGUUACCGUCUGGAUGGGGCUAAUGCAGAUCUGCCAACUUUUUUGGAAUGCAAAUCUUACGGAUUGUAAUGUCUGUUUUUUGCAUGGGGUAUAAAAUAUUGUAGCCUUUGCCUGGAUUUUGAAAGGAUGACGAAUAGGUGGUAGAUCAACAAUCACUUUUUCUCUUCUUUUUUUUUUUUUAAACUAACUACCACGCCAAAACAACCUUUUCACAAAACCGUGUACACAUUGGCUCAAGUCUCCCACUCUUUAACCCUUCUGUUUUCCCCAUGUGCACAGAAUAAAUUAGUGCACAAAUGUACUGCUACAUCUAAAAUGUAUUUACCAAAAAAACCCACUAUUCAACGGCGGUUAUGCGCAAUUUGUUUUGGCCAGUAAAAAUGGUCCACAGACUGGCAUGUUUUAGAUGUGCAAUGACGGUAUAUUUUCUUAAAAUUAGCGCAUAGGAAUGCAAUCCAUCCUGAGCAAAUCAACGGCACAGAAUCCUAUCCCCAACAAUGAAGUCGUUGCAAAGUUACAUGUUUAGCCCUUUUUUAUUUUCCAACCCGCUAAAUAGUUUGUGUGGACAGGGCCUAAGGGAGGAUUCUUUGUUCUCUCUGAGCAACAUUCCUCCUCAUUCAGUGUAGUCUUUAAUUUUUGGUAACUUUACUCCUUUUCUUCAUGGAGGACACUAGAAUGGCACAAUUGGAUGGUAAGGUUGCUGUUCAUUAAGAAAAAGAAAAAAAAAUGCUAUGCAUUGCCAGCCAAAUCGUACAUUUUCAAGAUCUCAAACGAGUUUAAAGACCCACACGCCUCUGUAGACCUUUGCUGUUUUCUGACGUACUACAGAAAAGUCAGAGGCUGCUAUGUCACUGCUCUGGUCUGCAGAGGUGUUUGAUAUACUUGAUAGUGAUGGAAUAUUUGGAUUGUGUACAUCAGAUGAGUUUUAAACUUUUUUUUGUUUGUUUUGUUUUUUAAAGAAAUUGCUUAUUUUUUUACUAAGGCCCUUGGACUCCUCGGGUAUACUGAUGGCAGGUGUAGCUACAGAGAAACCUGGUUUCCAUCUUUAUCCUGAUGGAGUUUUCCUGUCUUAUUGGAUGUCAAACAGCAACACUAUUUAUUUGUUCUUUGAAGCUCAGCGUGCAUACAGAGAAGCUGAUGUUUCAGAAGGCAGCUUUUAAAACAAAAAAUUGUUACUGAAUCUUGAAUUCCUUUUGACUUGAUCAUUUUUCAGUGUUUGUCUUGAGGCUCCAGAGUGUCGUACAGAAAAGCUUUGGAUCGCCUCAAAAAGCAAGUGUCACUGCUAAAUGUUUGUCUAUUUUAUUACAUUGUUUUAUAUUCGGAUUGCAGUAAUAUAUAUUUAAUAGGGCUAUGGGCUGGUUGUCAUUUUUAAGCGUCCACAAAUCCUUGGCUCUUACGAAUCGUCCCGAAUGAGACGGCUACGUUGGGUUGGUGUAGUACAGAGAAACCAGCUUUGUUUACAUGGCGGUCCCAUUAUGGAUGAGUCUAGUUGUCUCUUUUGGAGGUCAUCACCAUCAUUGGUUACAGUAAGUGUAAAUGUGCCUUUUCUAUUUCCUCUCCUCCUUUCUUUGCUUCUAUCUUCACACACAAACGCGCUUCUAACAGGAACAAGUAGCUGACUGUAAUGUGCUUCAUGUUAUAUUGGGCUGUUUCUCUUAUGAACUGUAAUAAACAUCCCUACACCAUG